GCAAGGCGGCUCCACAAGGAAGAGGCGCUGGGUUUGUGGCGGAAGACCGUGAGAACUUUACAGGAUGUCGCGGGGAAAGACUGCUGUGGUGCUAUGCAUGGAUGUUGGUUUUUCAAUGAGCAAUUCCGCUCCUGGAGAGGAGUCUCCUUUUGAACAAGCCAAGAAAGUGAUAACAAUGUUUGUGCGGCGACAGGUAUUUGCUGAGAAUAAAGAUGAAGUUUCUUUGGUUUUAUUUGGCACCAAGAAGACUUCCAAUAGUCUUGCAAGUGGGGACCAGUACCAGCAUAUCACUGUGCAGAGACACUUGAUGCUGCCGGAUUUUGAUUUGUUGGAAAACAUACAAAACCUGACUCCACUGGGCUCUGAACAAGGCGACAUUCUUGAUGCGCUGAUUGUGUGCAUGGAUUUGCUUCAGAAAGAAACGAUAGGAAAAAAAUAUGACAAACGGCACAUUGAGGUUUUUACUGAUCUUGGGAGUCCCUUCAGUGAAGAUCAACUGGAUAUUAUCAUAACUAACUUGAAGAAAACCGGCAUCUCCCUUCAAUUCUUUUUGCCGUUUCCAAUGAAUGACGAAGACAGAGGUGAGAAUGCAUCUGCCGGUACGCAUGAUAGCAGAAACAAAAACUCUUUUCCAGCAAAGGGUCUAAGUGAACAGCAAAAGGAAGGGCUCCAGAUGGUGAAAAAACUCAUGUUUUCAUUAGACCAAGAAGAAGGCUUGGAGGAUAUUUAUACUUUCAGGGAGAGUCUGGAGCGUCUUUCAAUGUUUAAGAAAGUUGAACGGAGACCUAUGCCAUGGCCCUGCCAGCUUACAAUUGGUUCUAACUUGUCUAUCAGGAUUGUGGCCUACAAAACAUUCACAGAGGAAACAGUGAAAAAAUCCUGGACAGUCGUCGAUGCCAAGACUCAUAAAAAAGAAGAUAUACAGAAAGAAACAGUUUAUUGUUUGAAUGAUGAUGACGAAACAGAAGUUCCAAAAGAAGAUGUUAUUCAAGGAUUCAGGUAUGGGAGUGACAUCAUUCCUUUCUCUAAAGUGGAUGAGGAACAGAUGAAAUAUAAGACGGAUGGGAAAUGCUUUGCUGUUUUGGGAUUCUGCCGAUCUUCUCUGGUUCAGAGGUACCGAUAUAUGGGGAACCAAGUCCUGAAAGUCUUUGCAGCAAAGGAUGAUGAGGCUGCUGCAGUUGCACUUUCUGCUCUAAUUAAUGCUUUAAGUGAGUUGGACAUGGUGGCUAUAGUACGGUAUGUUUAUGAUCGGAGAUCACAUCCACAAGUGGGAGCAGCCUUUCCACUAAUUAAGAAUGAAUAUGAGUGUUUGGCUUAUGUGCAGCUACCCUAUAUGGAAGAUUUGAGGAACUACAUGUUUUCCUCCUUAAAAAAUAAUAAAAAGUGCGCCCCAACAGAGGAACAGCUGUCUGCAGUUGACUCCCUGAUUGAUUCUAUGUCUUUAGUUCGUGAAGAUGAUACUGAAGGGACCGUUGUGGAUAUAUUUAAACCCAACAAAUUCCCAAAUCCUCUGUUUCAAAGAUUGUACCAGUGCCUGCAACAUAAAGCUUUUCAUCCUGAUGCACCUCUACCCCCCAUUGAAAACCAUCUCUUAGACAUGUUGAAGGCUCCUCAGGAGGUGACAGAAAAAUGCCAGAUUCCCCUUCAGAAAGUAAAAGCUCUUUUUCCCUUGAAAGACGGAGCCAAAAUAAAAGAGCAGAAGACAGCUCAGUUCAUCUUCAAAGACAAUCAUGAAGAUGGCCCCAAUGCUAAAAAGGCAAAAACAGAAGAUGGUGAAGCCAGUUUCAGAAUUGCAAGCCUCUCUGAAGGCAAUGUGAUUACAGUUGGAAGUGUCAAUCCAGCAGAAAACUUCAGCGUACUAGUGAGGAAGAAGAAUGCUGACUUCAAAGAAGUUAGUCAGCAGCUGAUAAAACACAUUUUCCAGUUUUUGGAAAACAGAGGGAUUGUGUAUUAUAUGAAGAGCAUCCAUUGCAUAAAAGUCUUCCGAGAGGACGCCAUUAAGCUCUCAGAAGUGCAGUGCUUUAAUGAUUUUUUGGAGGCCUUGAAAAAAAAGGUGGAAGACAAAAACUUAUCAGAUUUCUGGGAGAUUGUGAUACAAGAAGGAAUUUCAUUGAUCACCAAUGAAGAAGCUGAAGGAAGCUCUCUUACAGCUGAAGAUGCCAAAAAGUUUUUGGCUCCCAAAGAAAAGCCCUUGGAAGUUUCACCAGUGACAGAAGAGGGUGGUGAUGUUGAUGAUCUGCUGGACAUGAUUUAAAUAGUCAAGCAGCAUUUGAUAGCCAGUAAAUGUGAAGUGCUCAGCUCCAGAAAAGGCACAAGUUCCAAAGAAAUUGCUUGCAAGCUUUAAAUCUUGGUCAGCAGAAGCCUUAAGAAAAAUUGCCGGCGCGAGCCACAAUAUUUUACUGACUCAAUUUUCCUUCACUCCUUGGAGAGGACAUGGUAUCAGUGUGGAAUCUCAGUGGACUUUAUAUUUAGAAAUAUAUGUGCAUUUUUAGUGUGUUACUGAAAUGUUACGGGUUUGGGGCUAUUGUAAAUGUUAAGAACAUUGUUUAAGAGUUUUAUGGUCUAUUCUGAAGGUUUGUAAACUGUAACCAAGUAAAAAAAAACACUCCUUAGCACUA